AUGCUGGACUUUCCACAACAUAAUUGGCGAGCUUUAGCCAGAAUUCGUUUCGGGGGACAAGGAGCCAUGGUUCUGCGAACUUCACAUGGGAUAAGGACACUCUGUGGCCACAAAAAGAAAAAGGUAGGAGAUUUCCUAAAAUUUGGUUGAGAGUUCUUUUCCCUGUGAGGUGGUGCGGACUACUGCUCUCUGUCCUCUUCGAAUCAAAGAACCUAGAAUAGAAAUAAGAGGAGACAGUGGGAAUGAAGACAGUCUGAGAAAACUGCAUGCAUGCAGUCAGCUGAUCAAAGUAUUUGGGAAAAUUUGGGAAAGGAAGCCAAUUUAAAUUGGAUAUAUAUCAGCUGAAUUAAGAGAAACUGAAGUUGGUUGUGUCAGACCGCCUCACGCUGCUACAUGCGUGAGACUAUGUGAAGAUAGUAGACUGGGUGCAGAGAAUCACUUCGUCUCCUUCAAAGGGUGAGAUCGCCUCACGCUGUUACGUGUGUGAGAUUGCCACAUGUGAAGCUAUAGGCUGUUACAUGUGUAAGAUGCCAUAUGUAGAGCUAUAGGCUGCUGCAUGUGAGGAAUGCCAUGUGUAGAGCUAUAGGCUGCUGCAUGUGAUAAAUGCCACAUGUAGAGCUAUAGGCUGCUGCAUAUGAGGAAUGCCACAUGUAGAGCUAUAGGCUGCUGCAUGUGAUGAAUGCCAUAUGUAGAGCUAUAGGCUGCUGCAUGUGAUGAAUGCCAUAUGUAGAGCUAUAGGCUGCUGCAUGUGAGGAAUGCCAUAUGUAGAGCUAUAGGCUGCUGCAUAUGAGGAAUGCCACAUGUAGAGCUAUAGGCUGCUGCAUAUGAGGGAUGCCACAUGUAGAGCUAUAGGCUGCUGCAUAUGAGGAAUGCCACAUGUUGAAAUGAACAUAUAUAUAUCUCUUUUAUAUGUGGAAGACCUCACAAAAUCAGUGUUAUAAUUGGACUUAAAUUACAGAUACAGAGUGGCUUGAUGAGCAGGAGAUAGAAAAAGAGGUCAAUAAGGAUAGGCUGAAAAGCCUAUUCAGGGAUCCCAAUUGAACAAGCACGUCCCAUAUCUCCUGACCAAUUGUAGAAGAAUCACACAAAUUGAAAAAAAUCACACAAAUUGGAAAAAUUGAAGAAAUCAAAACAAGAAUUAAAAUAGAAGACUGCUGACUGACUCCAGUGACUGACUUUGACUUCAAACACGUGUGAAAGGGUAUACCAUUGUGUGAUGAAAAAGUGAAGUGUGUGGGUUGAUUGGAUGUUUGUGUGUGUCUGUUUUGUUCUGUGUCAACUAAGUUCUCUGGCAGUGUUCACAGCCAGACUCUGCAUCUGUGUGUGUGUUAUGCUAGUCAAAGAUUGCUGUGUUUUCCUCACUUGUGUUUAUUUCAUAGUUGUGUAUGUGAAUACUGUGCUCAUUGCGGUCAUGUUAUCAGUUGAGACAUAGAAGGUUAAAUACUCCUGGGAAAGAGGUUCUGUUCCCAGUACCAUGAUGAACACUCCUGAUAUGAAGGUUUUAGCUUAUGCUCAAAUAUUAUGUUUUUUUGUUGUGAACACAUGUCUUAUGCUCCUUAACAAAUGUUCUGUGUUAAAGCUGCUGAAAUAAUGUUUGUAAAAGUAUAAAAGAUACAAAAAGGGGAAAAAGAAAUGAGGUACCACAAGUGCAAAACUUCUAAAACUUCAAAUCUAAGAGUUGCUUCUAUACAUCUGCUGUUUUUGCCAAAAUACUGUGUUUUUAAAAUAUUAUUGAAGCUGUUAAUAUCAAUACUGACUAUUGCUAUAGAACUGCAGUUAAGGCAAAGGCUUUAUACUGUGUAUUUUUUGGGAAUUUUACAAAACUUCUGGGGAUCAAGUUUUAAUGUGUGUGCUCAUUUAAAUAAUAAAUUUUACAAAAACCAUGACCAGAAAGGGAAGAUUAGUUUAACUCCAAUUGCAUUGGUAGGGUGUAAAUAUACUGAACACUUAAAUGAUAUCCAAAAACUUACAAAGAAAUGGGAACAUUGAGUCAAGGGAUUUGAAUUUUUAUGACCUAGGGGAGGCACAUCUGAUGUGACUGUGUGUGAGGAUUUGGAGCAGCGAAUCUAAGACCAUAAACACAAAGAUAAAGUAAAACACACAAAAACAAGAGAUAUGGAACUAAAAGUACUGGACAUGUUCAAAGAUUAUUAUUUUUUUUCUUCUUAAUCAUGCUCUGAUCUUUUGAACUAAUAGAUAAGAAUAGAAAAAAACUAUUUUUUUUCUAUCUUAGGUUGCCUUAAAACUUUUUUUUUAUUUUUUUAUUUACUCAUGUCAUUUGAAUUUCCAAAUGAUUCAUAAUCACUGCUAUUUUUGUCCCAUAUGUUUUGAAAAGGUAAUUGACAUGACAAUCUUUUUUUUUUUUUAAGUAAAAUUAAGUAAUUAUGUGAAAGAAAGAUGUGUUUGAUUUGAUUUUGUUUGAUUUCAUUUGUUCAUUAUUCAGCGAAGAUGUUUAGAUUAACGGAUAUUUACAUGUAACAAGUCCAGUAACAUGUCAAUACAGACAAGCAUUAAAUUGGGUGUUUGAAGAGAAAAGAUGUGUCUUAAAAGUUUUGAAAGUACUGUUGCAGAUACAUUUCUAACAAAACAAGCCCCUGGGGGAGGUUUUUCUAAAGCUAUGGAGGGUAUGGAAAGCUAAAAAUGAAAAUGUGGGAGAAUGCUGGUAAGGGGGGCCUGUUAAUGGACUGGGUGGUCCAAAUUUUAGAUGAAUGAGAGCCGUUUUGGCCCAGCCAUGAGUGCUGCGAUAGCCCUAAUUCUGGUUUCCUUUCUCACAUGUCGCAUCGUACACAUCCUUUGGAGACAUUGUUGGAAGCUGACGGAGAAGAUGGGACUUAUGGUGGACCUAACACUGGCCCAUGAACUACAGGAAAUGCCACCAAAACAGCUGGCACAGUGUGUGACUAAUCAAGGAGGGACUGAGGGACCGGAACGGUUCCUGGACUUUGAAGGAGAAGAAGAUGAGCAAUGGACUUUGAGCAACACAAACAACAUAUUCAAUGAGCUGGAAAUAUUGAACUGA